AUGACCAAGGAACGGACGGAGGGGGCCACGACCAAGGGAACGGACGGAGGCCACGACCAAAGGAACAGGACGGAGGGGGCCACGACCAAGGGAACGGACGGAGGGCCACGACCAAGGAACAGGACGGAGGCCACGACCAAAGGAACGGACGGAGGGGCCACGACCAAGGGAACGGACGGAAGGGGCCACACCGAGGAACGGACGGAGGGGCCACGACCAAAGGAACGGGACGGAGGGGCCACGACCAAGGGAACGGGACGGAGGGGCCACGACCAAGGAACAGGACGGAGGGGGCCACGACCAAGGAACGGACGGAGAGGGCCACGACCAAGGGAACGGACGGGAGGGGCCACGACCAAGGGAACAGGACGGAGGGGCCACGACCAAGGAACGGGACGGAGGGCCACGACCAAGGAACGGACAGGAGGGGGCCACGACCAAGGAACGGACGGAGGGGCCACGACCAAGGAACGGGACGGAGGGGGCCACACCAAGGAACAGGACGGAGGGGGCCACGACCAAGGGAACGGACGGGAGGCCAACCAAGGAACGGACGGAGAGGGCCACGACCAAGGGCACGGACGGAGGGGCCACGACCAAGGGAACAGGACGGGAGAGGGCCACGAGAUACAGAUUAUAAAACCACUUUGA